UGAUCGCUCUUUCUCACUGCUGCUCAUUUGCUCCGCGUCUUCGAUCACUCCUUUCGUUCUCAAUCACAAAUCGUUCAGUCCAAUCAGACAGCAUGCGUUUAACGCGUCCGCGCGCCAAGCGCUUCUAAAUGACCAUCCGUGCGCGUAAAGCGUUUCCAUUCACCACAACUGUUCCGCUGUCAUCCAGCGCGCUCCGCUUUGGCUUCUUCCCGGAGAAGAAAGAGAGACUCUUGAUUUUCCCCUCUGCUGCUUUGGGUGUAAAUGUUGAAGCUUGAAUGGCUGGAGCUCAACCUGGCGUUCAUGCGCUUCAACUCAAGCCGGUGCGCGUGUCUGAGAGUCUGAAGCGAGGCAGCAGAUUUAUGAAAUGGGAUGAGGAUUCUUCUGCGGUGACUCCAGUGACGUUACGCGUCGAUCCGCAGGGAUACUUCCUGCACUGGACGGAUCAGAAUAAGGAGACAGAUCUAUUGGACAUCACCUACAUCAAAGAUGCAAGAACGGGGAAAUGCACCAAAACGCCAAAGGAAGCGAAGCUGCGGGAGCUGCUGGAUGUGGGGAAUCUGGUGGGCCGGAUAGAGAACCGGAUGCUGACGGUGGUGACGGGGCCAGACAUGGUCAACAUCCAGUACCUGAACUUCAUGGCCUUCCAAGAAGACGUCGCCAAGGAGUGGGCAGAUGAGCUCUUCAGUCUGGCGUCUAACCUGCUCGCUCAAAACAUGGGCCGAGAGUCCUGUCUGGAGAAAGCCUUCACGAGACUCAAGCUGCAGACGAAUCAAGAGGGUCGAAUCCCAGUGAAAAACAUCUUCCGCUUGUUCUCGACCGACCGGAAGCGUGUGGAGACGGCGCUGGAGAGCUGCAAUCUUCCGGCCGGCCGGAACGACUCCAUCCCUUUGGAGGAUUUGACACCUGAUGUUUACAAAUCGUUCAUCAACAACCUCUGCCCGCGAUCUGAGAUUAACCAAAUAUUUGCUGAUCUCGGCGUGAAGAGCAGAAACUAUCUGACGGUGGAUCAGAUGACAGAAUUCAUCAACAACAAGCAGCGGGACCCGCGUCUGAACGAGAUCCUGUACCCGCCGCUCAAGCCCGAACAAACCCAGCUGCUCAUGGAGAAGUUUGAGCCCAACCCAGCCAUGAUUCAGAAAGGUCUGUCCCAGACAAACGCCUCUCUAAUUGUGUUUCUGUUGCAUCGCAGCCCCAAACAGCAAGCCAAAAUGGCAGAAUAUUGCCGAUCCAUAUUCGGGGACGCUCUUUUGACUGAGACUCUGGAGAAAUAUCCUCUCGAGCCAGGCGUUCCUCUGCCAAGCCCUCGAGAGCUCAUUGGAAAGAUCCUCAUCAAGAACAAGAAAUCUCACCCUAAACCCUCCGAUGGCAGCACUAAGAAGAAGCUGUCCGAACAGGCGUCCAACACAAACAGCGACUCGUCCAGCGUCUUUGAGCCGUCCUCUCCCAGCGCUGGACCCGCAGCACCUGCAGAGGUGGAGGCUGAGGAUGAUGAAGAUGAAGAUGAUGACGAUGAUGACUGUAAGAAGUCCAUGGACGAGGGUACAGCAGGAUGUGAAGCCUUUGCCACUGAAGAAAUGUCCACGCUGGUCAACUACAUCCAGCCCACCAAGUUCCACUCGUUUGAGAUUUCCAAGAAAAGCAAACGCAGUUAUCAGAUGUCGUCGUUCGUGGAGACCAAAGCACUGGAGCAUCUCACCAAGACGCCGGUGGAGUUCGUCGAAUACAACAAGUUUCAGCUGAGCAGGAUUUAUCCUAAAGGAACGCGUGUGGAUUCCUCCAACUACAUGCCGCAGGUCUUCUGGAACGCCGGCUGUCAGCUCGUCGCACUCAACUUUCAGACCAUCGAUCUGUCCAUGCAGCUGAACCUCGGCAUGUACGAGUACAACGGCAAGAGCGGCUACAGACUCAAACCAGAGUUCAUGAGACGACCGGACAAGCACUUCGACCCCUUCACAGAAAGCACUGUGGACGGCAUCGUAGCCAACACCUUAUCAGUGAAGGUUAUUGAUGCCCAAUUUUGUUUUUGUUCCCCCGUUGACACGAGACGAAAAGCUUUCAAGACAAAGACGUCCCAGAGCAACGCCAUCAACCCUGUGUGGGACGAGGAGCCCAUCGUCUUUAAAAAAGUGGUGUUGCCCACGCUGGCGUCCCUCAGGAUAGCCGUGUACGAAGAGGGCGGCAAGUUCAUCGGCCAUCGCAUCAUUCCCGUCUCAGCCAUUCGUCCGGGUUAUCGUUACAUCGGUUUGAGAAAUGAAAAGAAUCAAGCUCUAACUCUUCCCGCUAUAUUUGUGAAUAUCGAGGUGAAGGACUACGUUCCCGAUACAUUCGCCGAUGUCAUCGAAGCGCUGUCCAACCCCAUCAGAUACGUCAACCUGAUGGAGCAGAGAUCCAAACAGCUGGCGGCGCUCACUUUAGAGGAAGGAGAAGAGGAGAAAGAAACCAAAGAGGCGGAUCCUGGUGUUGAAAACCCUUCGGAGGUUAAAAGCGAACCCAAGCCCGUCCCGGUUGAGAACGGACUGAGUCACACACCCAGCAGCGCCGCUCCUAAACCCGUGUCCCAGAUCAGCACACAGCCACAGUCCACAGGCUCAACCAAACCAGCGGCAAAGACUGAAGAUCUGAUUCAGAGCGUCCUCACCGAGAUGGAGGCGCAAACCGUCGAGGAGCUCAAACAGCAGAAGGGCUUCGUCCGAGAGCAGAGACGACACUAUAAAGAGAUGAAGGACCUGGUGAAGAAACACCACAAGAAGACCACCGAGAUGAUCAAGGAGCACACGGCCAAAUACAACGAGUUCCAGCACGACUACCUGCGCAAACGGGCCGUCCUGCUGAAGUCUGCCAAACGAGACGGUAAGAAGAGGUGUUUGUCGUCCAGUCCUGAACACGGAGCCUCGUUCUUCGAGCAGGAACUGGCCAAUCUGGAUCAGGACAGCGGACAGAAACUGUCUGAACUCAAAGAACAGCUAGUGGAGAAGCUGGAGAUCAACAGGUCGUAUGUGAACGAGGUGGUGCAGCACAUCAAGAGGCUGGAAGACGCGCAGACUAAAAGACACGAGAAGCUGGUAGAAACCCACAAGAGCAUCCUGCAGCAGAUAUUAGAGGAGAAACCCAAACUCCAGAAUGACCUGGAUCAGGAAUACCAGGACAAAUUCCGGCGGCUUCCACUGGAGAUCCAGGAGUUUGUGCAGGAAAGCACCAAGAGAAAGACUGAGAACGGAGAGCAGGAGGUUCUGCCCUCUUCUUCCUCCACGCUGGAGAAACUCAUGCAGAAGGGAGCACAGUCUGAAGACGACACGGAGGAGGAGAAGAAAGACUGAUGCCGGAAACCUUCAGGAUCUCUUCCCACUUCACUUUUAUGUUCCUUCAUUAACAUAUUAGAGAUUUGUAAGGCUUGCGUUUACUACUGAGUUUGUGGAUCCGAGUCACGGAGCGUCGCAUCAGAAACACGGCUUCAUGUCGCGCUGGGAGUUAUACAUUUGUUUUACGUUUUUGUUUUUUACUUGACUGGAUACACACUAAGAUUCAAGUCUGAAUUAUUUCUAGUGUUUUGUUGUUUUGCUUCUCAUAAUAAUGAGUAAAAGUAAAAGUGUUUUAAUGGAAGAGAACGCAGGUCAUGACACUGCAUUGAGAUACUGUAGCCGUCAAUUAUCUUUAUCGGAUGAAUCUUACAAAAACGUCCUGGACAGUUCAACCCAAAACAACAAUCUGGGUCAUAUUUAACCCCAAAAAUAUAUUUUGCUUAGAGAUAAAUUAGUCUGUUG